AAUCACUUUCACUUUUCACUAUACUGGCUACUUAAUAUAAUAACUUGUGAGACUCACUUUCACUAUAUGGUAUUAACACUUCACUGAAUUGCAAGAAACAUUACUAACGAUGAGUUGUUUACUGUGGAAGUCAGUCACUUUCCUGAGCCUGGUUUGGGCUGUUGGAGGACAAUUAAGUGGAGACUUGAGGCUGGUAGGCAACUCAGGAGGCUCCUCUGGCAGACUGGAGGUCUAUUACAGAGGACAAUGGGGGACAGUGUGUGAUGACAGUUUCAGUUCAAAUGAUGCAAGAGUGGCUUGUCGUCAACUAGGGUACUCAACCUCCUCCACUCCGCGAUACGGAACUGUUGGAACGCUAGGAUUCUCCCCAGCUUCAUCAUUCACUCGGACAUGGCUGGACAAUCUUGGUUGCUUUGGAACUGAGAGCAGACUCAUUAAUUGCCCUGCUAACGCUAUCGGAAUUGAAGAUUGCAGUCAUUCAGAAGAUAUUGCCUUGGUCUGCACUGGAAGUCCUUCAAGUGGAGACCUGAGGCUGGUAGGCAACUCAGGCCAAACAGGAGGCUCCUCUGGUAGACUGGAGGUCUAUUAUAGUAGUCGAUGGGGGACAGUGUGUGAUGACAGUUUCGGUUCAAAUGAUGCAAGGGUGGCUUGUCGUCAACUAGGGUUCUCAACCUACACUCGAUACGGAACAGUUGGAGCGCUAGGUUUCUCCCAAGCUUCAUCAUCCACUCGGACAUGGCUGGACAAUCUUCGUUGCUCAGGAUUUGAGAGUAGACUCAUUAGUUGUCCUGCUAACUCUAUCGGAAAUGAAGAUUGCACCCAUUUUGAAGAUAUUGCCUUGUCCUGCACUGGAUCAUUUACUUCUUACACAUAUCCGGUGUCCAGCGUCUCUAUCGGUAUUGGAGUGACUAUUCCUAUCGUCAUCUUCUUCGUGGUUGUCGUUGUGGUCUGUGGUUUACUGGGGAGAAGGCGUCGUCUGGCUCGCAUCCAACUCACAACUCCCGUAGUCAAUAACGCUGCGUCAACAUCUGUAGUUGUCACUGGGUCAAAUACACAAACGGCUACAGCCUAUCCCAUGCAGCAAUCCAUGGACCAAAAAUCCCAAUAUUCGAAUCAGGCACCCCCUCAAAAUAUGUAUGCGCCUCCUCAAUCAGCAGCUCCCUACCCUACUGGACAAUAUGCUAACCCCCAGUACUAUCCUCAGCAAACUCCAGCCGCCUAUCCCACAUCCUACCCUCAGCAACCCCCAGCUGCGUACACUCAACAACCCCCAGCUGCGUACACUCAGCAACCCCCAGCUGCUUAUCCUCCUGGAGAACAACCACCCCCUGCUCAGUACCCCACUGGACAACUGUCUGGCGGAGAAGCCCCUCCAGCAUAUCCGGAAUGGCAAUUGAGUGGAGAUGUGAGGCUGAUAGAUUCGUCUGGUUCAACAGAGGUUAGAGUUGGCAGACUGGAGGUCUACUACAAUGGACAAUGGGGAACAGUGUGUGAUGACAACUUCGGUAUAAAUGAUGGGCGUGUGGCUUGUCGUCAGCUGGGUUUCCUAGGUUACACAGGCUAUGGGACCGUACGAGAUGCCCUAACAGUGUCAGCAUCCACUCCGAUAUGGUUGGACGAGCUUGGUUGCUCUGGAUCCGAAAGUAAACUGGAUGACUGUCCAAAAAAUUCUAUUGGAGAUCAUAAUUGCGACCAUUCUGAGGAUGUGGGAUUAGUGUGUGCAAUAGAUGGAGAUAUAAGACUAGUGGAUAGUUCUAACUCCAUUGGGUUAGGUCCCGAUGGACGACUGGAAUUAUUAUAUAACGGACAAUGGGGGACAGUGUGUGAUGACAGCUUCAGUCCAAACGAUGCAAGGGUGGCUUGUCGUCAGCUGGGGUACGCAGACUAUACUAAGUUUGGAAGAGUAGGAACAAUAGGUUUCCCUCAGUCUUCAAAUUCCAGUCGGACAUGGCUGGAUGAGCUUCGUUGCUUAGGAACUGAGAGCAGUCUCAUUAAUUGCCCUGCUAACACUCUCGGAGAUGAAGAUUGCACCCACACACAAGAUGUGGCCUUGGUCUGUACUGCAAAUGGAGACCUGAGACUGGUAGGCAACUCAGGAGGAACAGGAGGUUCCUCUGGCAGACUGGAGGUCUAUAACAGUGGACAAUGGGGGACAGUGUGUGAUGACAGCUUCAGUCCAAAUGAUGCAAGAGUGGCUUGUCGUCAACUAGGAUUCUCAACCUACACUCGAUACGGAACAGUUGGAGCGCUAGGUUUCAUUGGAAUAUCAUCAGACUCUCCAACAUGGCUGGACGAGCUUCGUUGCUUAGGAACUGAGGGAAGACUUAUUGAUUGUCCUGCUAACGCUAUCGGAGUUGAAGAUUGCACCCAUUCACAAGACGUGGCCUUGGUCUGUACUGCAAAUGGAGACCUGAGGCUGGUAGACAACUCAGGUCAAACAGGAGGCUCCUCUGGCAGACUGGAGUUCUAUUACAAUGGACAAUGGGGGACAGUGUGUGACGACCUCUUCAGUCCAAAUGAUGCAAGAGUGGCUUGUCGUCAACUAGGGUUCUCAACCUACACUCAAUACGGGACAGUUGGAACGCUAGGUUUCAAUCAAAUCCUAUCGGACUCUCCAACAUGGCUGGAUGAACUUCGUUGCUUAGGAACUGAGAGCAAACUGAUUGAUUGCCCUGCUAACACUAUCGGAGUUGAAGAUUGCACCCACACACAAGACGUGGGCUUGGUAUGCAGUUCUCCUGUAACAGGACAAUUGAGUGGAGAUGUGAGACUGGUAGAUUCGUCUGGUUCAACAGGAGGCAGAGGAAUUGGUAGACUGGAGAUCUACUAUAAUGGACAAUGGGGGACAGUGUGUCAGGAUGGAUUUGGUCCAACCGGUGCACUUGUGGCUUGUCGUCAGCUGGGUUUCCAAGGUUACGUAGCCUAUGGGGUUGUACGGAAUGCCCUAGCAGUGUCAGCAUCCACUCCAACAUGGUUGGAUGACCUUCGCUGCAAUGGCUCAGAAAGUAGACUGGAUAACUGCCCACAAAAUCCUAUUGGAGUUCAUAAUUGUGACCGUUCUGACGAUGUGGGAUUAGUGUGUGCAAUAAACGGAGUUUUGAGACUAGUGAAUACCACUGCUGCUGGGAUAGCCUCCGCUGGUAGGCUGGAAUUGUUUCAUGAUGGACAAUGGGGGACAGUGUGUGAUGACAGCUUCAGUCCAAAUGAUGCAAGAGUGGCUUGUCGUCAGCUGGGGUACGAUGACUAUACUAAGUUUGGAAGAGUGGGAACAUUAGGUUUCUCCCAAGCUUCAUCAACUACUCGGACAUGGCUGGAUGAGCUUCGUUGUCGAGGAACUGAGAGAAUACUCAUUGAUUGUCCUGCUAACACUAUCGGAGUUGAAGAUUGCACCCAUUCAGAAGAUGUGGCCUUGGUCUGUACUAGAAAUGGAGACCUGAGGCUGAUAGACAACUCAGGCGGAACAGGAGGCUCCUCUGGCAGACUGGAGGUCUAUAACAGUGGACAAUGGGGGACAGUGUGUGAAGACAGCUUCAGUCCAAAUGAUGCAAGAGUGGCUUGUCGUCAACUAGGGUUCCCAACCUACACUAGAUACGGAAGAGUUGGAAGGCUAAGUUUCAAUGAAAUAUCAUCGGACUCUCCAACAUGGUUGGACGAGCUUCGUUGCUUAGGAAGGGAGAGAAGACUCGUUGAUUGUCCUGCUAAUGCUAUCGGAGUUGAAGAUUGCACCCACACCCAAGAUGUGGCCUUGAUCUGCACUACAAAUGGAGAUCUGAGGCUGGUAGACAACUCAGGCGGAACAGGAGGCACCUCUGGCAGACUGGAGUUCUACUACAAUGGACAAUGGGGGACAGUGUGUCAGGACAACUUCAGUCUAAAUGAUGCAAGAGUGGCUUGUCGUCAACUAGGGUUCUCAACCUACACUAGAUACGGAACAGUUGUAACGCUAGGUUUCAAUCAAAUCCUAUCGGACUCUCCAACAUGGCUUGAUGAACUUCGUUGCUUAGGAACUGAGAGCAAACUGAUUGAUUGUCCUGCUAACACUAUCGGAGUUGAAGAUUGCACCCACACACAAGAUGUGGGCUUGGUAUGCAGUUCUACUGUAACAGGACAAUUGAGUGGAGAUGUGAGGCUGGUAGAUUCGUCUGGUUCAACAGGAGGCAGAGGAAUUGGUAGACUGGAGAUCUAUUACAAUGGACAAUGGGGGACAGUGUGCCAUGACGGAUUUGGUCCAACUGGUGCACUUGUGGCUUGUCGUCAGCUGGGUUUCCAAGGUUACGUAGCCUAUGGGGUUGUACGGAAUGCCCUAGCAGUGUCAGCAUCCACUCCAAUAUGGUUGGACGACCUUCGCUGCAAUGGCUCAGAAAGCAGACUGGAUACCUGCCCGCAAAAUCCUAUUGGAGAUCAUAAUUGUGACCGUUCUGACGAUGUGGGAUUAGUGUGUGCAAUAAAUGGAGUUUUGAGACUAGUGAAUACAACUACCAGUGGGGUAGCCUCCGCUGGUAGACUGGAAUUGUUUCAUGAUGGACAAUGGGGGACAGUGUGUGAUGACAGCUUCAGUCCAAAUGAUGCAAGAGUGGCUUGUCGUCAGCUGGGGUACGAGGACUAUACUAAGUUUGGAAGAGUAGGAACAUUAGGUUUCUCCCAAGCUUCAUCAACUACUCGGACAUGGCUGGAUGAGCUUCGUUGUCGAGGAACUGAGAGAAUACUUAUUAAUUGUCCUGCUAACACUAUCGGAGUUGAAGAUUGCACCCACACACAAGAUGUGGCCUUGGUUUGUACUAGAAACGGAGACUUGAGGCUGGUAGGCAAUUCAGGCGGAACAGGAGGCUCCUCUGGCAGACUGGAGGUCUAUAACAGUGGACAAUGGGGGACAGUGUGUGACGACAGCUUCAGUCCAAAUGAUGCAAGAGUGGCUUGUCGUCAACUAGGGUUCUCAACCUACACUAGAUACGGAAGAGUUGGAGCGCUAGAUUUCAAUGAAAUUUCAUCAGACUCUCCAACAUGGUUGGACGAGCUUCGUUGCUCAGGAAGGGAGAGAAAACUCGUUGAUUGUCCUGCUAAUACUAUCGGAGUUGAAGAUUGUACUCACACACAAGAUGUAGCCUUGGUCUGCACUGCAAAUGGAGAUCUGAGGCUGGUAGGCAACUCAGGCCGAACAGGAGGUUCCUCUGGCAGACUGGAGGUCUAUUACAAUGGACAAUGGGGGACAGUGUGUCAGGACAGCUUUAGUCCAAAUGAUGCAAGGGUGGCUUGUCGUCAACUAGGGUACUCAACCUCCACUCCGCGAUACGGAACAGUUGGAACACUAGGUUUCAAUCAAAUCCUAUCGGAUUCUCCAACAUGGCUGGAUGAGCUUCGUUGCUUAGGAACUGAGAGCAAACUGAUUGAUUGCCCUGCUAACACUAUCGGAGUUGAAGAUUGCACCCACAUACAAGAUGUGGGCGUGGUGUGCAGUUCUACUGUAACGGUACCUACUUCUUCAUCCGUACCUACUUCCUCAUCCAUACCUACUUCCUCAUUCGUACCUACUUCUUCAUCCAUACCUACUUCUUCAUCCGUACCUACUUCUUCAUCCGUACCUACUUCCUCAUCAUCUAUCACCAUACCAUUCAUCAGCGUUAGCGUGACCGUUCCUAUCGUCAUCAUCAUCAUCAUCAUCAUCAUAGGUGUGAUUGUUGUCUUGGUCUGUGUUUUAGCGAGAAGAAGGCGUCGUCUGGCUCGCCUCCAACUCAGGACUCCCGUAGUCAUCAAUAACACAACGUCGAAAGCUGCAAAUACACAAGAUACAGCUUAUCCUAUGCAAUACAUGGACCAAAAUGUCCAAUAUUCGAAUCAGGCUCCCCCUCAACAUAUGUAUGUGCCUCAACCAGAACUUUCUCCCUACCCGACUGGACAAUAUACUGAUCCCUCAUACAUGUAUCCCACGUCCUACCCUCAGGAACCCUACCCCACUGGACAGCCACCCCUUGCUCAGUACCCUGCUGAACAGCCACCCCCUGCUCAGUACUUGGCUGGCGGAGGAGCCCCUCCUGCAUAUCCAGGCUAAGCAUAUGGGUACCGCCCACCAUGCAUGCAAGUAGUAUUAACUGAAAGUAGUAUUGAACUUUAGACAAAUUGACGUAUGUUUAAUUAUAGGGAAAGCUAGAAUCAGAUGUUUUACUUUACCCUUGUGCAAUUGUAUGUGUUCCAUCGGGAUUCUGCUUCAUAGCAUAAAUUAUUAUGUAAAA